CACGCAUGUCUUUUUCUCCACUCCCACUGUGUCAUGAUGCCCGUCUCAUCGCAAAAUUUUAACGUCGCCCGCUUAUGGCAGAAUUGAUGUAAUUAGAUUAGAUUUCAUCGAAAUUGGAUUCAUACCAACACAGGGGUUUCAACUACAUGUACAUUGAUAUUCUUCAAGAUCGUCACCAGAACAGUUGCUUGCAAGAUGCAAUCUUUCACUGCUUGAGACUGCUCUGCGCUGCAGAAAAAGCUCAUCAAACCUCUGAGUCAUUAUGUGUAGGUGUGUGAAUAAAAUCGAUACGUGCCGCCGUGGGACAAACAUCACAGCAGAUGGGCAGAUAGGCAGAUGAUUCAGUGCUGGAAAUCCACAUUGCUUGAAUUCAGAAUUCACACUGGGUAGCACACACAGCACCGACGACGAUAACAGAGACCAAUCAGGUUACGGUUCUGACGAGGAGGCUGUGAUGGAGCUAUCCCACAGCUUGCUGCUCAACGAGCAGGCCUUGGCUCAGAUAGCCGAGUCCAAGCGUCCCAUCUUCAUCUACGAGUGGCUGCGCUUCCUAGAUAAAGUCCUGGUGGCGGCACAGAAGUCUGACUUGAAAGGCUCCCAGAAGAAGCUUGUUGCACAGCUAACCAAUCAGAUCACAGAAUCUCCCGGGCCACCAACGAGAGCGCUACUGGGCAAGUGCAUCGGCACCGUCUUCAGCGUGGGUGAUUCCUUUGACCUGUUGGAAACCUCUUACUUCUGUAAUGACAUCAUCAAAAACAAGGAUGAUUCACCCAGCUUUCUGCCGUCAAGAUUGGCUGCAGUGGCUGUGCUUGGAGCAAUGUAUGAGAAACUCGGUCGAAUGAUGGGAAGUAGCUUUCCAGAAACAAUUCAGGGCCUUCUGAAAGCAUUGAAAAAUGCUGAGUCAACAGGACGUUGUGAGAUCAUGCUGUGCCUACAGAGGAUUGUAAAGGGUUUGGGAUCUGCCGCUCAGGGCUACCACCGGGACAUCUAUAAGGCUGUCCGUACUGCUCUACUGGAUAGGAGUAUGGCAGUCAGGUGUGCAGCUGCCAAGUGCAUGCUGGAGUUGGUAAAAGAAGGAAACUUCCUGCACACGACAGAGCUGGAGAACAUGGUGUCAACAUGCUUCCGAGCCCUAGACGGCUCCAACUACGACGUCCGCAGUGCUGUGUCCAAGCUGCUGGGGGUUCUUCUUGCUACAACUCAGACCAACAUUUCCAAAGAUCCUAGAGCUAAGCGUACCAGCAUGGAAGAUGUCUACAAUCUUCUGUCAGUGGGCUUCGUGAAGGGCACCUCCGGCUUCCUCAAAGCGGGUGGGGGAGAGCAGAAAGGAGGUGGUAUGAUCAACAGGGAGGUCCGUGUUGGAUUCACUCAUGCCUACGUGGUCUUCGUCAGGACUCUGGGUGGCCUGUGGCUGGAGCGUAACCUGCAACUCUUCCUUGAGAGGGUCCUGGACAUUGUAGCCAACCCCCGCUGCACCCCUACCCACGUGGACGCUGUCUACCUCCGCCGCUGCAUCACCUUCAUCUUACGCUCCACCCUCGGGGACAUGCUCGGGGAAAAAGCGCAGGUCUCCUGCUGCAAGCAGCUGUGCGGACUCAUCACCAACUACAUGAACACUGUUGCUGAGCCAAGUGAAGGUAGCGGUCACACCCAGGACAACUCCAACACACAGCAUGUCUUGAUAUGUGCCAUGCAGGAGCUGGGCAGCCUGGUCAAGUCUCUGUCCACCUGUGCCAGUACCCUGGUCACUGAGCCCAAUGCUAAUAUGUGUGACACCGUGACCAGCGUGCUCCUCCAUCCCAGCCCGGCAGCCCGGCUGGCCUCUGCCUGGUGCCUGCGAUGCAUAGCUGUGGCCCUGCCUUCCCAGCUUACGCCACUGCUAGACCGCUGCACCGACAGGCUCAACAACCUGAAGAGUUCCCCGGAGGCGGUGUCAGGGUACAGCUUUACCAUAGCCGCCCUGCUGGGAGGGGUCAGGGACUGUCCGUUGGGCAUCCCCCACGCCAAGGGAAAGGCCAUUUUCAGUAUAGCUGAGGAUUUGUUGAGAACAGCUUCUCAGAACAGCCGGAUGUCCUUGCAUAGAACCCAGGCCAGCUGGCUUAUACUGGGUGCAGUCAUGACGUUAGGUUCCCCAGUAGUCCGGAACCAUCUGCCUAGGCUUCUCUUGUUGUGGCGGAAUGCAUUUCCAAGAUCAUCCAAAGAGCUGGAGUCUGAGAAGGCCAGAGGAGAUGCUUUUACUUGGCAGGUCACAUUAGAAGGAAGGGCAGGAGCUUUGUGUGCCAUGCAAAGCUUCAUCACUCACUGCCCUGACUUGGUGACCGAAGAUGUCAUCAGGAGGUGCAUGACGCCUCUGGAGUGUGCAAUGUCCAUGUUGGCUGAGAUUCACACAGUGAUUAAGUCUUGUGGUGCUCACCUCAAAGCCAGUGCAGCCAUGGUUAGACUCAGACUGUAUGAAGUACUGCGACUCCUGCCUCCCACAGCCUAUGAAGGUAGCUUCACAGCCCUGCUCCGAGAGCUGGUUGCUGAGUUCACGCUGACAGACAACGCCGCAAACACCACCACCUCCCUGCUGCGAUCCCUGUGCCACGAGAACGAUUCCAUCAUCCUGCAGAGCUGGAUUACAGAGACUGAUCACAAGUCCGUGGAGCUGCAGCUGCAGCCAAACAGUGCCUCGGGGUCGGGGGCGCUGGAGCAUGACCCAUCAUCACUGUACUGGAAGGCGGUCAAGGGUGAAGAUGUUCCUGGUCCCCUGCCCCUGGGCGUGGCUGUAAUUGAUGCCUCAGUUGCCCUCUUUGGUGUCGUCAUACCCCAUGUCGCUGACAAGCACCGCCUGAAAAUACUGGAACACUUUGGGGAGUGCAUCAGGCAGGCCAAGUCUGCCAGACAACAAGCGGUUCAGAUCAACGUCUUCACAGGGGUUCUAAGUGCUCUGAAGGGUUUAGCCGAAAACAAGCGCAGACUCAAGAACAGUGGUGUCAGAGUAGCAGCCAAUAACCUGAUCAUGAAUGCCUUGACCAAUUCCAACCCCAUCCUGCGUUGCGCAGCCGGUGAAGCAUUAGGGAGGAUGGCUCAGAUGGGCGGAGACAAUUCCUUCAUUGCACAGACAGCUCAGAUGUGCUUUGACCGUCUCAAGACGGCCAGGGAUGCUGUUUCAAGAACAGGCAACUCCUUGGCAUUAGGCUGUCUGCACCGAUAUGUUGGUGGCAUGGGGGCAGGUCAGCACCUCAACACCAGCGUCAGUAUCCUGCUUGCCUUGGCACAGGACUCCACUUCUCCUACAGUACAGAUGUGGGCACUGCAUGCUCUAGCCCUGAUUGCUGACUCAGGCGGUCCCAUGUUCCGCUCCUACGUCGAGCCAACCCUGUCUCUAGUCCUGACCUUGCUUCUCAGCGUACCCCCGUCCAACGUGGAGGUCCAUCAGUGUCUGGGCCGGUGCCUGGCCGCUCUGAUCACAACAUUGGGUCCUGAACUGCAAGGUAACAAAGGUAACCUAGCAACGGCGCGGACAUCUUGCCUGGUAGCCUGUGCCAUCAUGCAGGACCAUCCAGACUCCUUGGUUGGCUCCGAGGCCAUUGCCUGCCUACAGCAGCUUCACAUGUUUGCUCCAAGGCAUGUCAACCUGACAAGCCUCGUCCCGCAUCUCUGUACAUCGUUGGGUAGCCAGCACCUGUUACUGCGCCGUGCUGCCGUGGCCUGCCUGAGACAGCUGUCCCAACGAGAAGCCCAGGAGGUGUGCGAGUAUGCCAAAAGCUUAGCCAAGGAUUCCAGGGAUACAAGUGUGUCAACCACAGAUGGUGUGGUCAUCACAGACACUGGUCUUGAGGGAGUGCUAUUCAGCAUGCUUGACAAGGAGACAGACCAGCGACUCUUGUCCAACAUCCAUGACACCUUGAUCAGUAUGCUGCAUGAGCUGUCAGGCAAAGACCUGGCGAGGUGGUUGACACUGUGCAAGACGGUGCUGUCUGCUUCUAAAGAUAGUGGAACAGGUCCUCCCAAACCUGACAAUGCUCUCAAGGAUGCCGAAGAAAAAGAUGAGAAAGACGAAGAUCAGGAGAUUGACGACUCGGCCAAGUUUAAGACAGGAGAGAAAGUCAUUACACAUCCUCCAGUGGCGCCACGGUGGCCCACACGAGUCUUUGCAGCUGACAGUGUCCGACGUGUCAUCCAAGUGUGCGAUGGGAACACGGUGCACUUUGACCUGGCUUUAGCAAGGGAGAUGAAGGCUAAGACCUCUCAAGAUAACUACCUAGUGCUACAUCUGUCAGACCUGGUCCGUACUGCAUUCAUCGCUGCUACCUCGGAGAGUACCCAGCUGAGGAAUGCAGGUCUUCUACUCCUCCAGGACAUCAUCAACAAGUUUGCCCGAGUGCCCGAGCCGGAGUUUCCUGGCCACUUCAUCAUGGAGCAGUACCAGGCCCAGGUUGGGGCAGCUCUGCGACCAGCUUUUUCCCCCGACACUCCUUCCGAUGUAACAGCCAUGGCCUGCCAGGUGUCUAGUGCAUGGAUCGGCAGUGGCGUGGCCCAUGACCUGAAUGACCUCAGACGAGUCCAUCAGCUCCUCGUCUCUUCCUUAGCCAAGCUGCAGGUUGGCAAGGGUGCACCUGCUCAGAUCUACAGCGAGAGUGCCUCCACCAUGGAGAAAUUAGCUGUCAUCAAGGCAUGGGCUGAGGUAUACAUUGUGGCCAUGAAGCAGCAUCUCAGUCCCUCCGAGCCCAUCAGUGACCAAGAUGGUUACCAUGGCAACAGCCCGUCCUCCGACAGCCUCCUCCACCUGGUCCAGCCAGAGUUGGUCUCCCUCAGCAAGUACUGGCUCUCUGGCCUGCGGGACCACGCCUUGCUAGCCCUCCCGCCCGACUUUUCCAGCCAGCUGCCCCAGGAGGGCGGGGCCUUCUACAGCUCAGACGCCAUCGCCACCACCCGGCCACACUACCAGAAGGCUUGGUCGCCCAUCGUCUAUGCCGCUGCCCUCUGGCUGAACAGCGGUGGCUUCCAGACGCUCGAGAGGAAUAACGGCAACUUUGGGAAUCUGGCGGGCAGUGGGCCGGUGUUGCCUGGCAUGAAGGCAGCACAGAGCACGGUGCCAGGGAAGACCCCCAAGCGGCUGAAAGAGGACUAUUUCCAUCUCAUAUUAGGUGUCUGUGUUGAAGCUCUGUCCAGCCAGCGGUCAGCCGAGCCCAUUCAGAGUGUUCACUACUGCCUGCAGGCCGUGGACACCCUGCUGGACUCGGCCUGGCCCCGCAGCCGGCUGAGCUCAGACCCCUCACUGGCCGUGGAGCUGCUCAACGUCAUGCAUCGGCUGCUGCUGACCAGGGAAACACUCAGCACCCAUCUGCUGGUCACUGCCGUGGUCAAGCGGGUCAUCCAGGCUAUGGAGGAGCAAAUGGUAGUGGACGGGAAGGACAAAGAGGACCGCUGUGAGCCCAAACCUAACGGUGGGGGUGGGGUUUUCCAGGAGGAGGGAGGAGAGAGCGGGGAGAUCGUGCCUGGCAGCUCGGUGGUCUUCGCCACGCUAGAGGUGUGCCUAUGCCUGCUGGUCAGGCAGCUGCCGGCCCUCAACCCUACGGUGUCCAGUGCCAUCAUCCAGAGCUACGCCAAGAAUGCCGGGCUUUCCGAGGAGGCUAGCGUGCUCAUAUCAACCACCGUCUCCAUCAUGGCUGGAUUGCCUGAGUUGUGCUCACCAGCAGGCAGCGUAUCAGUACUUCCCACUAUUCUCUUCCUGACCACUGGGGUGCUACGAGAAACAGCAGAGCCCUCCACCGACGGCAAGAUCACGACUACCGUCUCCGCUUCCCUGCAGGCACUGCGCAUGCUGAUGCACUCCAGACACCUGGACAACCCAACAUGCGUCAAAGAGUGGGUGAGGCUACUCCGCAGCGCACUGGCCACGGUCUUGGACUUCGCCAGACCAGGUAAAGACAAAACCGGAGUGGAUGAGAACAGUGUCCUCCUUGCAGUUGCCGUCUUCGUUUCUACUGCUCCUACAUCAGUCACUGCUGUUCCUGGUCUCCAGUGCCAAGCUAUGGAACUCUUCAAGAAGACCAUGCACUCUGAUGAACCACUGGUGAAGCUGAAGAGCCUACAGACCAUGUGCUCUGUCUUCCAGUGCAAGCAUCGGGAGAUAGCGACCCCCUUCAUCCAUGCCCUGGGCCCCAGGGUGGUGGAGUAUCUCCAUGGGAUUGGCAGCAACAAGCCGGACAAAGACAGUGAAGUGCCCGUGGUCCUAGAGGCUGUCCGAGUCCUUGAGGUGUUGGUUAGCCUGACAGAUGAUGGACAUAGAGUUCAGCUGUUAUCCCUGCUGGUUCCCAUCCUGAUCAGCCUGCUCGUGCCCAGCGCCAUCCUGCCCUCCACCUCUCGGCAGAGCAGGGCACUCCACGAGCAGGCCCUGCAGCGGCUGGUGAAGAUCGGUCCACUUUACCCAGCCGCUUUCAAGACAGUGGUGGGCGGGAUGCCAGAACUCAAGGCCAAGCUGGAGGCUGCCAUCCGUGCCAACCAGGCGGCUGUCAACAAGCAGAAGACGCAGCAUGCCCAGGUGAAACCAGUUGCUCCUCCAGCGGCGCCCAGCAUCAAACUAAAGAUGGACUUCAGCAAUUUCAGUGGGUGAAUCCAUUUCCCCUUGUGACAUAAGUUAAUAUUGGGGCAUAAUAUUUUCUGUUAAUAUAUCACCUAUUCGGUAUAAAUACUUCUGUCCAUUUAAAGUGACGACCUCGUUAAAAGUGUGUUUUCAUCUCGUGUAUAAAUUUAACAAUUUUUAUUGCGAUUUUUUUUUAAAUGAAUGAAACUUAUCAUCUUGAUUUUGUAAUCUGUUCAUUUACAAUCAUGUGAAACUUCUGUUUUAAGCUAUAAUAAAUUUGUGACUACCAGAACACCUCCUACCCAAACCAGCAAGAUUGCAUGUGAUCUACUCAGUACCUAGAGGAUUAGGUUUAAAGACAGCUUUUCCUUCUUACCCUCCUUAGCCUGUGUUAAAAAUGCCAUCAGACCAUUGGGGGUCAUCUGAUCAUGCUAUGUGUGAAGUAUUGUGUUCCCCCUCAGUUUUACGGAAACAGUGAAAAUGAACCAGUAAAUUCGGAAACUGCAUACGUUGGAAAGUAUUCACUCUCCUGCACCUCGCAGGGAGGAGUUGAAGGGAGAGGACGCACUGGCUGCUAGGGAUUUUCAUUCACUUCAAGUGUCAGUGAUUACAGUAUCUUGACGUUGGUCCAGUCAAGUGUCAAUGGGUAAAACCAACAGAUCAGAAUGUGAAAAGUCAUGCGUUUUCAGUGGCUGUCAGUAUAUACUUAUAAGGUAGCGUAAAUGAUGGGCCAAGUUUGAUCAGUGACAGGUUGUUAACUACUGGUCGAUUUCACUAGGUGUGCGGUAUAUAUUCAGUGCAUGGGUUACUGACCAUUUCUUGACAAUUUGUCGCUGAUCGAUCGCUACCCAUGGAAAAAUGACGUUUUCCUGCUGAGCUUGAUUCUGGAUGCAGUUGGGAGCCUACUGAAAAAAAUCCAGGGUUCAAGUUUUGCUACUUCUCUCAGUGUGAAAUUAUUGUAGCUCGUGUUGAGAUUGUUCGACUGUAUUUAUAUACAGUAGUUCCUGCAAAAACAAACUUGAGAUUUGGAUAAACACCUUGACUCUGCUUAGCAAUAAUAGGGGAGUGCAGAAAAUUGAAUUGGCUGAGUGCAUUACAUGUACCUGCAGUGCAGGCCAUACACUCGUGCUGCCUUUUUACUGUUCGGCCUAUUUCCCCACGAGUUGAACCUUUCCUUAGGAAGCAUGCCUUCUGUCAGCCUAAGAUGCGCAAGAAAAUGUGCUUCAUAGAAUUGAUUGCAGAGGAUGUGCUUUGUGAAACUGAUUGCAAAAAAAUGUGUAGGGACUGCAGUGCUGCCUGAAGUCAUUGUGGGUAGCCUCAAAUAGGCUAAUUAGUAAGAAAUGCCUUGAUGACUUAUAUCUAUGAUUAACAUAAUGGUCUGUAAAGUGCAUAAUUGUGACCUGCUCUUUGAAACUGAGCAAGAGGUCACUCAGGCCAGUUUGGAGUUAACGGCCUUUCUAGCAUCUUGCACCGUGUAGAUUUAUGAGAAUCCUAAACAUUUUUGGCAUCUACUUAGUGUCCAGUUCCAUCAAGAUACCAAAUUGAGUGAUACAUCAAAACCAAGGGCUCAGUUUGCUCUUUCCGAUACAAACUGAAACUCAAAAGUGGCUCAGGAAACUUCUGACCCAUUUUCACACCUAUAGCAGGUCACAAUAGUGCUUGCCAAAAACCAGUGGAGAACCAGUCAAGAUCAAUGCAUGUUGCUUAUUUUACAUGGUAGCCUGUUCUUUCUCGACUAACGUUUCCUUUGCUUAGCAGCUGUGGUGUUUCUAUAUUUUAUACCAGGUUUUGCCCUUAAACAGACCUCGAUGUUCACAUGUAUUCUAUAAGUGUGGUACAAGUUGUGGAAAAUCUUAUGCUUACUCGGGUGGGUUCAAACCCACAACAUCUGCACUAGCGAACAGGAAGUAGUGAGUUCAAAUCCCAUGCCGGCAAGUUAAAAUUUUCUCAAUUUUUGGACCAUACUGAAAACACAGUGUAAAUAUACCUCUGUGUGCUGGUGUAAGAGGAAAACCUGGCAUAAAAUUAACAUCCCUACCUAAUGCUCAAUUAUUAUCACUGUUGAUGGAGGUUGUCUCAAACGAGAAUUUAAAUUCUGUCACGGAAACAUCUAGAAAGUACAGCGAGAUUAAUGUGCACUUUGCAUUAAUGCAAAUUAGAUCUAAUUCCUUAUUUUCCUUUUGAAUAUGGUUUGGUUUAUGCCUUUCUUUUCUGCUUUGCUUGAUAGAGCAUUGUCCUACAACUACUUUUUUUCUGCUGUUUUAUCAUGCCGUGUAAGUUUUUAUUUAACAUGUGUUUAUUCAUAUGCCACUGUACAGAUAACUAAAGAGUUUAUGAUAACAAUCAGUGUAAAUGAAUUUAAGAAGUGUAUCUACUAAAUUGUAAUUAGAAGUGUUGAAAAGAUGUCAUUACAUGUGUGUGAUUAUUCCGUGCCCUGAAAAUUGAAAUGAUUUUACCAAACAGCAUCCAUUUUUUAGUCACUGUAAACUUAGAACAGGAUACAUGUAGCUUACAAUGGGAUAUGAGAGUUGCUUAUGAUCUAAUGGUGUAGCAAACGGUUUCUUGUUCAUAACAAUGUGCAGUUGACAUUUCGCAUUUAACAGUUAUUUUUGUGGGAAAAAAAAGGAAAACCAAAGGCCAUUCAUGAAGCAGCUUCACAAAAAAGUGUGUUGUUAAAUUGUAAAGCAUUUUACUAGUACAUUCCUUGUUGAAGAGCAUGGAGCAAUAAUUGUAGAUUCCAAUUCAAACCUUCAGUGCCGUUUCAGUCCAUUUGCUUUUCCUGUAAGAAUCCUCUUAAAGUACUGAAACCACUAGGUUGAAACUAAGUAGGAUUACCCGAAGUACCCAGUGCAAGUAUAGAUGUAUUGAAGGUAGUUAAACUCUACACAGCCUGGAGAUCAUAUCCAUGGGCGUCACUUGGGAGGGGGGGAGCAAGGUGUCACCUGCGACACCCAUAUGCAACCCCCCCCUUGGAAAAAGUAAAAAAAAAAAAAAGGAAAACAAAAAGACAACAGGAACAGAACGAAGAUCAAUUUGCUUUUAAAAAUACCUAGGAGUUAACCUCUCUUCCACCAUUAAUAAUUUUGUCAGUUUGCUGCAAAUGAGUGCUUUAUCACCUGUGGGAGUUUUUACCUCCUUCCUAGCGACUCUCGUGGUCACAUCUUCUCUACUUAAUUUCAUAUGAAUACAAGUAUUUAUAUUUCGUGAUGCAUGUAUUUAGAAUUGGCAUCAACACUUUCUUUUUCUGUACGUUCCAUUGUUCAAACUUCCUGAGAGUCGAUUCUGCUGAUGGAUUUGCACUUCGCACAGACUCGGCACAGGACGAUGUUCGUAUUUUGUCAAAGGGGCUGUUCCGUUGUAGUAAGUAGCAAAAGAUCGAAGCAGUAGUGUAAGUUACUUAUGGCCUUAAUAUAUAACUUUAGAGUGGUGUUUUCCUCACAAAUAAUUAGCAUAACGAUUUUAUCUUUAAUAAAAUGAUUUUGCUCAACAGGAAGCACUGUUUCUUGGCUGUUUACUCCGAGCAUGUAACCAAUAUUGUAAAUCAUUUGGUCAUUAAAGGAGUGUGAAAAUAAUAACUGUAAUUAUACUAUAAAGUGACAAAGCCAUUAUAUUUAGAAUAUGGAAUAAAGACAAUAAUUCAGUAAAUAAAUUGUUUAUAAUAAAGAUUGUUAAAGAUUUUUGCCAUAAAUUUGGAUUUCUUCUUUAUGCUUCUAAAUUUUUUUCCCCAUUUGCUGGCAUUUUUUUAAGUAGAAGAAUGUCGUGAUUUUAAUUGCAUUGAUUUUUUGAUUUAUAUUUGUAAAUAAGCUUGAAUUUAUUUGCCAAAUCGUAAGUGCACAUGCGUCGACGUUGUCAAUAAAUCGUGAUUAUACUGUC